AUGCAGAAAGUAGAGGCUUUAGGAGACAAAGCAGCGAUCGGUAGAAGCAACAAUAUCAGCAAGAAAAUCGAACUUAGGCAGGAUGGUAAAUCGGUUUCCUUAGGAAAAGAAAAAGUUAAAAGUUGGCUUUCUGAGCUCAAUCUAAAAAAGUGGCAAGAACAGUUAGACCACCAAGGGGGUGGUAAAGUUGCUGAAGAAGAAGACGAAGAAGAAGAAAAAGAUCUAGUAGACGAAGAAUUGCAAUCGCAAUUCGAAUCGUUAGAAGAAGAGCAGAGUUCAGAAGAUGAAAAGAAGGAAACUUCAAUACCAAGUUUGAGUAUCGGUGGAUCGAGAAGGAGCAAAACCGGGUCCGGGACACAGGUAAUCAAACUGACGAGAAGUCAACGGCUGGCUCGGCAGGGAGUGUCCAAACAUCUUCCAACAUUCAGUGGAGAGCCGGAAGUGUGGCCAUUGUUUAUCAGCAGCUUUGAAUAUACAACUGAGGCUUGCGGGUUUACAAACAUAGACAACUUGAAAAGGUUGCAGGACUGUUUGCAGGGAAAUGCCUUAGAAGCGGUUCGAAGCAGACUAGUUCUCCCUGAUUCCGUUCCUGAUGUCAUCGAAGAUCUGCGUAAUUUAUUUGGAAAGCCUCAGAAACUGCUUAAGACACUUAUGCUGAAGGUGCGGAACGCUCCCUCACCUAGAAUCGAACGUUUAGAAUCGUUCAUUCAUUUUGGGAUUGCAGUGAAGCAGCUUUGUGAUCAUUUGCUGGCUGCUGGACUUAGGGAACAUUGCAACAAUCCUAUGUUGAUUGAUGAACUGGUCGAAAAACUGCCAACCAGCUACAAACUGGACUGGGUGAGAUAUAAACGAGGAAAAAAUGCCACCACAUUGAAAACGUUCUCUGCUUUCAUGCAAGAUAUAGUUUCGGAUAUAUCUGAAGUAUCUGAUUUUUCUCCUUGGUCGUGUAACGAGACGGUGCGGAGAGGGAAAAACAAAUCCAGACAGGAGUUUGUUCACUUACAUGACGGUAUUCAGAAACCAGAGGAAGGAACACAAAUAGCCAAAGCCAGUAAACUGUGCUGGAUCUGCAAGAGUGAUGACCACAAAAUCCGGUAUUGUGACGAAUUUAAGCAGAUGAGCGUUGCUGAACGUUUGAGUGCAGUUGAGAAAUUGAAACUAUGUGGUAUCUGCUUGAAUAAUCAUGGGAAGAGUCGCUGCAACGCCAAGCUGCGAUGCACCAUGAAAAAUUGUGGUGGGAAUCAUCACUACCUCCUGCAUCGGAGAGAAGAGUCCAUGCAAUUGAUGGAAGUAGCGUGUAACUCUCACAAGAAUUUGUACUGUGGAGUAAUUUUUCGUAUGGUACCGGUAAAACUGACCGUGGGGCAAAUAAGCAUACAAACUGUUGCAUUUCUAGACGAGGGUUCGUCAAGUACACUGAUUGAUGAAAGGAUGGCUAAUCGGUUGAAGGCAAAAGGCGAAGCUGAACCUCUAAUAGUGAAAUGGACUGGUGACAUCAGGCGUCACGAAAAUAAUUCGCGAAAAAUUAAAUUGGAACUGUCUGCGAUCGGAGAAAAUAAGAAAUUCUUAUUAAGAGACGUACGUACUGUAUCGGAAUUAGUGCUACCGAAGCAAAGUGUGCGAUUCGCGGAGAUUUCAGUACGAUAUCCACAUUUGGCGGGCCUAUCCGUGACAGAUCAUUCGUCAGAAGAACCGGCAAUCUUGAUUGGGCUUGAUAAUCUGCACUUAUUCGCUCCUUUAGAAUCACGAGUUGGAAAAGGUGAUGAACCAAUAGCCGGGCGUUCUAAGCUCGGCUGGACGAUAUAUGGCCCACAACAGCGAAAAUCGAGUGCUGAAACGUUUCUCAAUCUCCAUUCGGUUACUCAAGCAAGUAACCAAGAACUUCAUGACAUGAUCCGGACACAGUACACGUUGGAUGAAGCAGGAGUUACUUCGUUCGGCGUUCCGGAAUCGGCGGAGGAUCAACGAGCUCGAGCGAUUCUUCAAUCGACAACGACCCGGAUAGGCAAUCGUUUCCAAACAGGUCUUCUGUGGCGAGAAGACGAACGACAAUUUCCUGACAGUUAUUCGAUGGCCGUACGUAGAAUGAAAGCGUUGGAAAAAAGGCUGGAAAAAGAUCCUGAAUUGAAGCAAAAUGUGUACAAACAGAUUAGUGAAUACCAAGUGAAAGGUUACGCACACAAGGUUAUGCCGCUCAAGGUUGUGUUAAACCCACGGAAGCCAAACAAGGUCCGCCUUGUGUGGGACGCUUCGGCAGCUGUCAAUGGAGUGUCGCUAAAUUCGGAGUUGUUAAAGGGACCGGAUAUGUUGGUGUCACUUCCGGGAGUACUGUGUAGCUUUCGGGAAAGGCCAAUAGCAUACGGAGGGGACAUUGCCGAAAUGUACCACCAAAUCCAUGUCAGGUCUGAAGAUAAAUCAGCACAACGUUUUCUGUUCCGUACCAGUCUAGAUGAAACACCACAAGUGUAUGUAAUGGAUGUGCUGACGUUUGAGGCAUAUCCUGAUGCAGCGAAGGCGGUCAUAAAUCGUCACUAUGUAGACGACUAUUAUGAUAGCGCAGACACGGUCGAGGAUGCGGUUAGAAUUGCGAAAGAGGUGCAGCACAUUCACGAUCAAGGAGGUUUCCAUAUUAGAAAUUGGGUGUCAAAUUCCAGUGCGUUUUUAGAGAAAAUUGUCGAACGGAAAGCUGAUAAAAUUGUGCGCUUUGACCAAGAUACAAGUACGGACUACGAACGUAUUCUAGGCAUCGUAUGGACACCAAAACAGGAUGUUUUCGUGUUUGCUACAUCGUCUAACAUUGGACUGCAAGUAAUUGUUCAGAGCGAUGAACGCCCGACCAAAAGAAAGGUAUUACGAUGUGUGAUGGCCUUGUUCGACCCGCUAGGCCUUUUGUCGCCUUUUACUGUGCUGGGAAGAAUGUUGAUCCAGGAUAUUUGGCGAACGGGUUGCGAUUGGGACGAUUUAAUUGAUGAUGCAUCCUAUCACAAGUGGACUUGUUGGUUACGAUUAAUUUCAGAUAUCGAACGUUUCAAAAUUCCUCGAGCCUAUUUCGGAAAAGCAAAAACAUGCGAGAUUGAAGAUAUCCAGCUUCAUAUUUUCACAGAUGCCAGUGAGACAGCAUAUGGCUGUGUAGCAUAUCUACGGGCAGUUAUCAAAGGAGAAGUGAAAUGCGCUUUGGUGAUGAGCCGUUCGAAAGUGGCCCCACUAAAGCAAUUAUAG